AAUCAUGCAGAAUGGCUUAGGUUAAGGGAGUGGUUCCUAAAGUUAUAAACGUUGUCAAAAACGUUUGAAAAAAUCCACUGGAACCAUCCCGAUGCUGAACAGCAAUAGGACUUACUCAGCCAAAACAAUACAACACUGUUUACAACGUGACUGGAACGCCCUACGUCAUUACGUAUUCGCUGGUGGACCAAUGAGAGCGCAGCGGGGCGUAGCGCGGUCUCUCGCCGGGUAAAAGGAUUUGACAGAUGCGAGUCUUGAAGCUGAUUCCCCUCCUGACUUCCUCAGUGGGACCGACAGCAUGGCGGCGGCUGCCUGCGGACAGCAGGGCGCUGCGAUAACGGUCGCCGGCAGCAGCAAAAAGCAGCUAAAUACCAAGGAAUUCAACCGGAGAAACCGGGAGAACUCUCGUCGAAGACAAGCCGCUCUUUUGUUCCUCACCAACAUCUCCCUAGACGGGCGACCGGUCCAGAGCAGCGCAUCCGAGGACGGCGGCAUUCUUCUCCACAAAGAGACGGACUUUGUGGGAACAAACGACGGCGCGGGGCUUGCAGCGGGCGACCUCUGCCCGGAGACCGGACACAACGGAAGCUACGGGACAUUCCCCAGUUUGUCAGUGUCCGUCAGCUGCGGGGAUGUCCCCCCUGGCCCGGCGUCGAGAGCGGGGCUCCCCGUACCGCCCAUCCUCGUCCUUCCAUCGGACGCGGGGUUCAACGAUGCGGGGAGCGCCGACGUGUUCCUGGGCGGCCGCCGAGGCUCGUUCCCCUCUCCGGGCAACAGCAACCUGCUCUCACCGUCCCACUCCAACUCCAGCCUGCUGCCGUCCCCGCUGGGUCCGCGGAAGUCGUCCACGCUGCUGUCGGUUCAGAGCUGUAACUCCGUGUCUUCGGAGCCCAGACACAGAACCCGAAACCUUUCCGGCGGAUCCCCCAGACCCCGACAAGCGAAGAAGAUCCACUUCAUCAAAAACAUGAAACAGUACGACACCAGAGGCAGCAGGAUCGUGCUCAUCUGUGCCAAGAGGUCUCUGUGUGCUGCCUUCUCUGUCCUACCAUACGGAGAGAGCUUCUACCUCAGUGACCCCACGCUGAACCACCCCAGGAGAAGACACUCAUCGGGGAACAUCUCCACCUUGGAGAUGCUGGCAGGGCUUGAAGGUUUCCAGCUGGACCCUUACGGCAGGUCGGUGUCGUACGCCCAGUUUCUGUACCCCACUAAUGCUCUGGUGAGGCAGAAACCAACAUCAGCCAGCGACCUGACUCUGCAGAUCCCCGUGUCCAGGAGCACUCACAGCAUGCCGGGCAGGAGCUGCCCCCCAAGCCGCCUGAGCAGCACCGUGGGGCUGGACCUGGGCGUGGAAGAUGUGACGGAUUACAACCCCAACCUGCUCAGUGACCCACAGUGGCCUUGUGGGAAACACAAACGGGUGCUCAUCUUUGCCUCCUACAUGACAACAGUCAUCGAAUACGUCAAACCCUCCGAUCUGAAGAAAGACAUGAACGACUCUUUUAAGGAGAAGUUUCCUCACAUCAAGCUCACUCUCAGCAAAAUCCGCAGCCUAAAGAGGGAGAUGAGAGCGAUUGGGGAGGACUGUGGUCUGCAGCCCCUCACUGUUGCAAUGGCGUUCGUCUACUUUGAGAAGCUGGUGCUGCAGGGGCGACUCAAUAAGUCCAACAGGAAGCUGGUUUCAGCUGCCUGCAUUCUGCUGGCUGCUAAGAUCAGCAGCGACCUGAAGAAGCAGGAGGUCAAACACCUCAUCGAUAAGCUGGAGGAGCGUUUCAGGAUCAGCAGGAGGGAGCUGAUUUUCUUUGAGUUCACCAUCCUGGUGGCCCUGGAGAUGGCGCUCUACCUGCCAGAGAGCCAAGUCAUGCCGCAUUACAGACGGCUGCUGCAGCAGCAGUGAUGCUGCUCCAACCCUGCAGAGAUUCAGCACCUUCCAGCACCACAACUGUGACAAACCUCACGAUGCCUUGCUCCGAGGCAGCCAAGAACCGGCACUCCAGACUGCACUGCUGCCACAGAGCUGCAUCCCUCUGGCUCCAUGGCUGAGUCCAGCUGAGUCUAGAGUCCAGCCGACAGCAGCUCCCUGUUUUCUGUCUGGACGACUGUUUCUUCAGCUUUUUACAGGCCAGAGAAGAGCUGCAGUUCCUCAAGCAGUCCUUCUUUCUGAAGUUUGUGCAGCUAGUGGGAAAAACGUCUCCUCACAGCCGCUUUCCAGUUCCACAGCAGAUCAUGUAGCAAACACCCUUCGAGUCAGGAGAUCUGAAGCUUUUAGCUCUGAUAUGAUGAAGACAGCAGAGGGAGAUGGAGGGAUGAAAGAUAGACUGCCUGCUGUCCUUUCUACACUAACAACAGUUAGUUUGGAGUUUAGCGACAAUCACAGAAGCAACCACAGCUUGUGAGCAUCCGACAAUCAUUCUACUGACUCUUUUCAGCAACUUUGAGCCUGAACAGACACGACUGAUGGCGCCUCACAAAUGCUGUCUUUGGUUUCCCCUUCUUCUCAUUUUGGACUCAUUAGCAUGAUGAAGAAGACUCUUCCUCCCAGCGUAGAUCAUAAACUGACUGUGGAGGUUUGCUGUGGCUCAAAAGCUGCAGAAGAGGAGCCUCUCGGCUUGAUGAACAAAAGAACUGCAACUACAAGCAAUUAUGGAUCUAUAACGGAUGGUGAUCCGCAGGAUGGUGAUGAGGGAAGACGUGUGCGUGGAUGGAGGCUUAAACAUGUCUGGUUAAAAGCCUCAGGCCUCUCGUUUCUGAUGUUUUGUUUCUAAGGAGUCCGUUUCUUUUAAUCUUAUCAACUGAACACUAGUUUUUGAGAUCUUCCAUGGACUGUUGCUGCUUUUUUACUCAUUUUCAGUCCAGUUUUUGAAGCAAAUUUCCAUCUCUCAGGUUUUUUAAAGUUAAAGUUCCAUGGGCUGUCAUGGAGUCUUCUUUUUAACCCCCCCAUACAUUAGUUUUUUUCCUCCACCAGUAAAUGCAUAGAAGAAGAGCGUCAUGCAUCCUGUAGAGCAGUGUUUUUCAACCUUUUCUGAGCCACGGCACACUUUAACCUUAAAAAAAAUCCCGCGGCACACCAGCAUCCAAAAAAAAAGAAAAA